GUGUCACUUGCCAAUGCUGUAUAUUGGAUUGGAAUAUGGUCUGACCAAUAACUCCAAAUUGGCUGAACGUUUCUUUGGCCAAGCUCUGAGCAUCGCACCAGAAGACCCCUUCGUCAUCCAUGAGGUUGGAGUCGUUGCAUUUCAGAAUGGAGAAUGGAAAACAGCAGAAAAAUGGUUUCUUGAUGCUUUGGAAAAAAUUAAAGCAAUUGGGAAUGAGGUAACAGUUGACAAGUGGGAACCUUUGUUGAACAACUUGGGACAUGUCUGCAGAAAACUUAAAAAAUAUGCUGAGGCUUUGGAUUACCACCGGCAGGCACUGGUGCUGAUCCCGCAGAAUGCUUCCACCUAUUCUGCCAUAGGGUAUAUCCAUAGUCUGAUGGGCAACUUUGAAAAUGCUGUGGACUAUUUCCACACAGCCCUUGGUCUUAGGCGAGAUGACACAUUUUCUGUUACAAUGCUUGGUCACUGUAUUGAAAUGUACAUUGGUGAUUCUGAAGCUUACAUUGGAGCAGACAUUAAAGACAAAUUAAAAUGUUAUGACUUUGAUGUGCAUACAAUGAAGACACUAAAAAACAUUAUUUCACCUCCGUGGGAUUUCAGGGACUUUGAAGUAGAAAAACAGAGCACAGAAGAAGCGGGGCUUGCACCAUUGGAAAACUCCAGAAAAACUCCAGAUUCCAGACCUUCUUUGGAAGAAACUUUUGAAAUUGAAAUGAAUGAAAGUGACAUGAUGUUAGAGACAUCUAUGUCAGACCACAGCACAUAAUUCCACAGACAGUAGUCCAGGACCUGCGCAUGCUGGUCUAGGUCAGUAUUUCCUUGCAUCCUUGUUCCGCCUUAAGAAUUUCCCACUUCCUAAUGUGAAUCCAAACUACAUCUCUACAUUUAGGACCAGCGGCCUACCCUAAGAGACGGGAUAGUACACCUUGGCAGCAGAUGUUUUCUGAUUCUCUGAACCUACGAAAUAGUUAUACGUAGUGGAAUAAAGAAGGUAAACCAUC